UCAGACAGGAUUAGUUUGUGUAUUUUGCUUGUUUUGCUAUUUUAUUUUUUCCUCUCUAGGACCGCACGUGGUGUUAGAUUCCCUUUCCUCCUACUUUUGUUUCUCAUUUCUUGCGCCUUUUCACCUCUGAGUACCCUUCGCGUUCCCUCUGUUUUCUCUUCUCCUCUCGUCCACGUGUAUCAUGGCGGCUAAUGGCGGAGGUACUAAAUGUUUCAAUUGUGGGGGUGAGGGGCAUUUCGCGCAGGAAUGUCCAUCAACGCACAACAACGUUGGAACGGGCGGUGGCGGUGGCGGGACCCCUGCUUCAACGCCGCGUUAUUGGACGCCAAGGCGAGCUCAGGAAGAGCCUGAGGAACGUGAGUUUUUGCGCCAGCUGAUUGCCGAGAAGAAGGAGGAGCAGGCCAGAAAGAGGGACUUGGAAGAGCGUAGGAAGAUGGAUGAGAUGAUUAGAAUGGAGAUUGAACGAAAUUCUGAGGCGUUAGAGCCUAGGGUGAUGUCGAAGAUUGGAAGGCAAUACCUAAUGGCCCGCGAUGAAGUUAGAAGGGAGGAGGUUAACUCGCCUUUUGUCCGAACGUCGGCCAGGAAGUGUACGGAUGGUGAAGUUGUGGGUUACUCAUGUAAGGGUCUUGAGGAGAUUGAAGAUAAAACCGCUAAGUUGCAUGAGAUCCGUGAGAGAAAGAGGAAAGGGAAAGCUCUCUCGGGCGCAGCUAGGCGACCAUUCAGACAACCGAUCUUCCAACAAGAUGAUGAUGUGGCAGCCGCAGAGUCUUCUCAUAUGGGGGAGGAACGGCGUAAAACCAAGGUAGCUGUGGGAUCGGGUCCAGAAGGGGUGUUGGCGUAUGUACAAGCCCAGAGGAAGCUUCUAAUGACUAAGAACAAGGACCAAUUGAAGGCGAUCUGCGCUAAUGAGGGGGUUCAGUAUACCACCAAGGCGCCCACUAUUCAGAAGAUUAUUGAGGCAUAUGCUAAGGUAGCUUAUGAAGGAUUCAUUUUCACCCCUGCGUCACCGGCAGCAAGUCCAGAGGAUGACCAAACGCCGGCUAGCUCCGGGGGCGUGCUGUUGGGGCAAGUCGUGGGGGUACCAAUGGGUAAGUCUUCUAGCUGCCCCCUGGCAUGCAUUCUUUGUACCUACGCGAAGUGGAUGUUUCUCUCCAACCUGGGGAUGGAACGGCGGCUCGUCGAUGGCUUUAGAAUCAUUGAUGAUGUCACUAUUUUCAUGGCAGUGGCCGGAGAUAACGGGGAUUUGAGGGCAGCAUGUAUUCUCUACGCUUUUGGAACAUGUUAUGGUUUUGUUCUUCGGUUGUUGAGAACGGACGACGGCGCAGGGCACUGGACUUUUGUUGGCAUUGAUGUUUUUCAGUAUGGCGUGGCAUUACGCACUGUGGCCUUGAUGAAGAACUUGACCUCCAUCUGGGAAUCUGGUGACUUGGUUUUUGGGAGUUUUCAAGAUUUUGUCUCCUACUCCGGAAAGAGGGCCAAGGUUGGUGCUAUUUUGAGUACGCUGCAUAGACUGUUUCGACUAACCUCGGAUAUUUGGGGUCUCCGGGAGACGAUCUUAGCAGUGAAAAGGGAACUCCUUAUCAGGGGCUAUCCAUUCAAAAUGGUGCAGUCAACCUUUAGGAGAUUCGGAGAUAAGAUGGGCAAGGAAGUGGCUGAAGAGAUAGCUGCAUGUGUACACUAUUGAAGCAAGGCUCGCAGGUGCAUCUGCGGCUUGGCUGUAGUUGCCAAGCAAGGGUAUUCCCUUUUAGUUUGGGUCAUUUUAGCUUUUCCAA